AUGAGCGGCAUGAGAGAGCAUCGGGAAUUCAUAAUUCCACCCCAACCCACCUCAAAUUAUGCGUCUCAAGCAUCGCAACUCCUCCAACAAAACAACAUGAUGGAGGCUGAAAUUUGUCGGCUAAAAAACGCACUGCUCGCCGAGCAAGGCCAUCGACAAAUCGAGACGCAGAGAAAUUCGAUGCUUCAGCAGGAGCUGAGAAAUGCACAAAUUCAGAGAGAUCAAUCGAAUAAACGAUACAACGAGGUGGUGUCGGAGCGACGAAUGAUGAUUGAUAUGAAGACGGAAAUGGCUAAUAGAAUCAAUCAGCUGGAAAUCUCGGGACGUCAUCUUCGCGACCAAGUGACAGCGGCGAACGAAGCGACGGAAGCGAAAAAUGAGGAGAUCCGCGCCAUCACCUACCAAUCGGAAAUCGUCCGUCAACAAAUCGCGGUUCUCAACGAGCGCAACGCGGCGCUCAAGGCGAAAUGUGAGACGGUCGUCGGCGCGCAACGACAGCAAUGUGAAGAACUUGACGCCAAACAGAAGCAGCUGGACAAUGCGGCGUUUAAUGUGAAGAAAAUCGAGCAAGACUUGCAAUGUGCGAAUUUGGAAAUUCAACGUCUCCUAAAAGAGCUGGAAAACUCGCAGCAACUCGACGUGUCUCGUUCAAUGGAAACUCGAAAUUUCGACGAAAUUUUGGCAAAAAAAGACGAUGAGCUACGUGUGAAUGCCUAUAAAUCGGCAUCGGAGCUAAAAUUGGCUCACGAGAAAAUCGAUAAAUUGGAAGAUCGAUUGAGAACGGAAAAGCCGGCGGUGUACGAUAGUAUGACUGUGGAAUCGAUAUACAUGGCGAUUGAGACAAUAAAAAGUACCUAUGAAAAGCAGCUGACGAAGCUGGAAGAGGAAAUUGAAGUGAUCAAAAGAGCGAAAGAGACACAGACAUUGGGAGGAAGGAUUACGGUAGAUGGAGAUCAUGAGGAAGAGAGAGCAGGAGACGCAGAGAUGAUUGAGGAGCUACCGGCGUAUCUACAGACGCCAAGGAAGCCGGAUCCAGCGAGAAUGGGAGAUUUGAAGAAAACCAUACAAUGCAAAAUCAAACUGGACGACGACACUUCUCGUACAUCCAUUCCACUUUUUGGGACCACCAGCGGAACUACAGUAAUCCCGGAAAAUGAGCAGAAUUCUGAAGACGAGAAGAAUUUCACAGAAGAGGAUCUCUUGCUUCAGGCAGAGAGCGAUGAAAUGAUCUCUCCGAGUCAGGAUCUGAAAUUGAUGGAACAACAGCUUCUGGAUUCCGAAUUUUGA